CCUUUUCCAGCAUGAAUCAGUCGAUAGUCGCCCCCACCCUCCCCUGGCCACCGUCUGAUAACACCAUCAAGGGGGGGGGACGACCCGGCUGCUGAGGACGACACUCUCCAGCUACAGCAGAAAUGAGUUUGUUUUAAAGUUUUUAAGGUUUUUGAAGGGGACACAAAAUGGUUGAUUGAGGCUCGUCCUGAUUCUUUAUUUGGAUGAACCGUUUUGUUGAAUCCAGCGACCCACAAUGCUGUCAAAGAAGGAGAAAAAACUAAUACGAGAAAUAUGGGAGAGGCUGAGUCCAGUGGCUGAAGACAUCGGCGCAGACGCUCUCCUUAGAUAUUUGUUGUUGUUGUUUUUCCGCUGUAGGAUGUUCGCUUCAUUUCCGGGCACAAAGACAUAUUUCUCUCAUCUGGACAUCAGUCGUGGCUCCGCCCACCUGUCCUCCCACGGGAAGAAGAUCGUCCUGGCCAUCGCCGAGGGAGCCAAAGACAUCAGCCAGCUGACCGUCACCCUGGCUCCUCUGCAGACGCUGCACGCCUACCAGCUCCGGAUAGACCCCACCAACUUCAAGCUGCUCUCUCACUGUAUGCUCGUCACCCUGGCCUGUUAUCUGGGCGAAGGCUUCACGCCGGAGGCGCACGCGGCCAUGGACAAGUUCCUGUCGGCCUUUGCCGCCGUCCUCGCCGAGAAAUACCGAUGAGAUUCAUUCACCUCAUUUCCAGAUAGAUUCAAGCUUUUGUGUAAAUUCAUUUAUGUUCAUGUUCUCUUAAAAUAGAAGAUUUAAGACUCACCUACUACAGUUUUACUCUUGUUUUUAGAGAAUAAGCUCCAGUCUCUAGUAAAAUAUUUAUUUUUGUACUAAUCAUUGUUUCCAUUCUAGAAUAAAGUAUAUUUCAAACAAA